UGAAAAUUUUAAUUUAAUUUAUUUUGUCAUGUAUACAGUACAUGUUAAGGAACUUGUUGCUUUAUAAGUUUAUAAGGUUAGGUGUCAAAUAAAAUUCCAAUUUUACAUUUAACACCAAAAAUAUAUUUAAUCCAAUAAAUAACUAUCCUUAAAAAUAAUUUAUUAAAAUUUUUAUGUAUCGAUUAUAAAUGUAAGAACUCCACCAAUACCCGUAUCCGUACACGCUGCGGUGCCGUCAUCUAACGACAGUUUGACUGGCGCUUCAAGGCAAGCUAACCUGCGCAGCGCAUCAUGCUCUCUAAUUGGAUUCCUGCGAUUUCGUUGGGAGCAAAAGCUUUGAUCAGAAGGAAAUGGAAUCGAAACCCUAAUCCAAUGAUCGUGAGUGUGCAGUGGUUCUCAUUUUCUUCUUCCAAAGCUCCAAUAGACAUGGCUGCCAGAGAUGGAGAACUGAGGGUUUUUCUUGUUGCCGGUGAAGUUUCUGGAGAUUCCAUCGCUUCUCGCCUAAUGGCUUCGCUUCGACUUUUCUCCCCUUUCCCUCUUCGCUUUGCUGGUGUUGGUGGGCAUGUCAACUUCUUUUUUCAUUCUAUCACAAGUAUACGCUGAAAUACACUCGAAGUCUCGGUUUAUUUUGGCUAAGAUGGCAAGUGAAGGGUUGAAGUCUCUAUUUUCUAUGGAAGAUAUUUCGGUAAUGGGGCUUUGGGAGCUUUUGCCUCAUCUGUAUAGAAUCAGACUAAAGUCUUUGGAUGAAGAACAGGGUACCUGGUUGCUACCUGAAAAAGAGCUAAAACUGAAGGAAACAGUUGAAGCAGCUGUUCUAUUUGAACCUCAUGUUGUAUUAACGGUUGAUUCUAAGGGCUUUUCUUUUCGGUUCUUGAAACAACUUAGAGCUAGAUACAUUCAGAAAAAUAUGGAUUUUCCAUCACACUUUCACUAUGUAGCACCAUCAUUCUGGGCAUGGAAAGGAGGUGAAGCAAGACUUAGAGGACUAGCAGAAUUUGUGGAUCAUCUAUUGUGCAUACUUCCAAAUGAAGACAGAAUAUGUAGAUUGAAUGGAUUGCACGCAACAGCUGUUGGGCAUCCGGUCUUGGAAGAUGUUCUGGAAUUGAAUUUGAGAAACAAGUCCACGAUUCAUGAAUGGAGGGCAAAAGGCAAUGCUGAAGAUUUCCGAAAUAAGUAUGCAGUGCCAGCAGGAGCCACUGUGAUUAGCUUACUUCCUGGAAGCAGAGUACAAGAAGUCAGUCGGAUGCUUCCCAUCUUUUCAGAUACUGUGGAACUGAUGAAAGACACAGUUCCACACUUGAUGACAGUCAUUCAUGUAGCACCUAAUGAGCAUGUGGAAAAUUUUAUAGCUGGUGCUAUUCAUGGAUGGCCUGUGCCAGUUAUAUUGAUUUCAGGUGGAACAACACAACUAAGAUAUGAUGCUUUUAGUGCAAGUAGAGUUGCUUUAUGCACAUCUGGAACCGUUGCUGUGGAGCUGCAGCUUGCACGAUUACCCUGUGUUGUUGCAUAUCGUGCCCAUAUAUUGACAGAAUGGUACGUUCGGUACAAUGCUAAGAUACAGUACAUGUCACUUCCCAAUAUUUUUUUGGACAAGGCCAUUAUUCCUGAAGCACUCUUUCAAUCUUGCAAACCGGCAAACUUAGCCUUGUUGCUCAAUGGUUUAAUACAUGAUAGUGGUUGUCGAGAAGAACAAAUAAUUGCAGCACAAAAGUUUGUCAAGCUUCUAUUGCCUUCAGAGAGAACAAAGCACAACCUUCCACAACAAACUUCGAGAUCUUAUGUGGACUACACUCCAAGUGCAAUUGCAGCAUUGACUAUAUUAAACCAUGCGAAACCAGUGACUAGUAUCUAACGACAUCUCUUUCUGCGAUUCUUUGCCUUUGGAUUUUUAAACUGCAAAGGAAUGUCUGUCUGCAGCUGGAAGAACAAUGAUCUGAAGCCCUACGUUGUUUUCUGCGUGGACCCUGAGCGACGUCUGGCCAUCAAAUCCGACAACUUCGACAAUACCUCCCUCGUCUAGAACGAGCGGCGACAUGUGGCCUUUGCGUCCCAUUACUGAAUAUGAUGGAGUGAAAAAGGGAAUGCGGUAA